AUGUCCUGUUCAGCCAUCUUUUUCCUCGAUCUCAAAGGCAAGGUGAUCAUCAGCAGAAACUACCGUGGUGACGUGGACAUGGGUGUGAUCGAGAAGUUCAUGCCACUUCUUAUGGAGAAAGAAGAAGAGGGCUGCGUCACGCCUAUCGUUUUCCAUCACGAGGCGAUAUUCAUAUACGUCAAACAUUCGAACCUCUAUCUCGUAUCCAUAUCGAAGAAAAACGCAAACGCCGCAUUGGUUCUUUCUUAUCUAUACAAAGUGAUAGAAGUUUUGACGGAAUACUUUAAAGAACUGGAAGAAGAGUCAAUUCGUGACAAUUUCGUGGUCAUUUACGAGCUUUUCGAUGAAAUGAUGGAUUUCGGUUAUCCGCAAACUACCGACAGCAAGAUUCUGCAGGAUUGUCUUAUUAGGUAUAUUACACAAGAAGGUCAGAAGUUAGAAAUUCAGCCACGUCCACCAAUGGCUGUUACAAAUGCCGUGUCGUGGAGGACGGAGGGAAUAAAAUAUCGGAAGAACGAAGUGUUUCUGGACGUCAUUGAAUCUGUCAAUUUAAUGGUGAGAAAUUUUGUACAAAACGAUGGGAGUUUUUUUGAAGAAAAUGUAAUCUAUUCUUGUUAAUC